GAAUAAUUUAAUUGAUAAACCCUUGACCCCGGAAACGAAUCCGGCUGCAAUAGAUUUUUAUAAUAAAAUGGAUCUUGAGCGGAAGCGACCGUUUUAAAAUGUGUUUUAACUUGUGUUUGUUUAAAAAAAAGUCUGUUAAAAAAUGUCUAUUAACAUAAAUGUGAAUGGAAACUCCAAUAAGAAGAAGGGAAAAACCAUCAAGAUGGUGCCCACGGAUUCCCAAAGGGAACUCGAGGAGCUCAACAGGAGACGAAUCAUGAGAAUGCAACAGGUACGCGAGCAAAGCAAAGACAUUGCUGCUAAUGUCAGGGAACGCGUGAAAAAGGUCAAAGCAAAGCAGCAAGAGAAAUUGGAAGAGGAAAGUGCUACCAGACUGAAAGAAUGGCAGAAUCGGAAGCUUCUUGAUUUGCAGGGCCAAUAUCGAGAGAGCUUGAAGGAUAUAGGUCUGGGACAUACUCAGGCUUUAAUUGAAGAGAAUGAGGAAAUUGAGUAUAUCGAGAAAAGAGAUAAACAUUAUAAAGAUCAAGCUAAUAGCAGAGGUACUAUGGCAAAGGAAAAACAGCAAAUUGAGAAGAACGAGGAGAGUUUGAGAGCUGCUAUACCCAAGCAAAUAAAAAAGAUGGUUAGAGAUUCAGAAGAUGCAAGAGCGGCUAUGGUCUGCAAAACAAAGAGGACUUCUCCAAUAAAGAACAAAUCAAAAAGUUAUAAAGUACCUGGAGUUGGAGAUGUUUCCAUUGAUGUUGACAAUAAUGUUUCUAACUUGAAAGGUCAUAAGACUGGAAAAAGUCCCAAACUGAAGAGACAUAACAGAUCUUCAUAUGAUGAUGAUAGAGCUGAGGUUGAGCAGAGAGUAAUUAAUUACAGAAAUAAGAAUAGUGAUUCCAGUGAAUCCAAUAUUGAUAGUGAAGUUGAAGAACGGGUAAUAGAUUAUAAUAGAGGCCAUAGAUAUAGGUCACCUGAAAACCUUCAUUAUACCAGUCCAACAGAUGAACCAGAUCACACAAAAAGAAGAAGAGAGGAUAGAAGAUCCAGAAGUCCCAGAGAUUAUCACAAAAAUGAUAAGGACAAUUAUUACAAAGAAGAUAUUCCUAAAACUUCAAAUGGAAAGCAUUCUCCACAGCAUAGGGACAGAAAGAAUCACAAAAAUAUGGAUGAUACAGAGCAGUCAUAUUAUGCAGAUGAUUCAAAAUCUCAAAAAUACCCCAACUGUUGCUAUAAGGAUGGUGAUGACACUUAUAAUUCUCGCUCACGAAGGCAUCCUCAACAUACAUUAAAUAAUACUGACCAAAUAGAAGAUUCCAGAUAUUCUAGUAAGCAUCCACGUACUCGUUAUAAUAGAGACAGUAUACAAGAUUCAUAUCUAUCAGAUGGGGAUGAUACACGUGUCAAAGAUCGUACGGAGAAAUCUAUGUAUUCCGAUGAUGAAAGCAUGCUGCCACGACGAAAUUUACGCACUAAAAACCCAGACAAACAGUAUUUAUCAACAAGAGAGGAAGUACCUCAAUCCAAGCGAACUUCUUCGAGGUCACCUAAAGAAGACGUUUCAAGAAAAAAUCCAACUGAAUUCCAAUCAAAACGUAGAACUUCUCGUUCACCGACAAUACCUAAAAAUCAAACUAAAAAGAAUGAUCAUUCACCACGUUCUCAAGACACGGCUGGUUCGUGUUUAUGUAAGGACGGAAAUUCUGAAAAACGGAAAAAGAAUUUAACUUUUGAGGAAAGGAAAUUCAGUGAAUCAUCGAUUCAAGAUUCCGAAGAGGUUUCGUUGGAUUUCCCAAAAGACACGCGGAUUUCGGAUAGGAUAAAAAGUCGGAAAAUACCUGACAUACAACCGAAGCUUUCUGUGGACCAAGGAAUUGAUGUUCAACAAAUUGAUCAUAGUACUCAAACGCUCAAAGAUUGUGCAUGCCAGGUACAGGAGAUUCCAGAAAAGCCUACAGUAAGUUUGAAGUCUGCCAGUUGUGAUAAAAGUUGUUCCACGAGGGUGCCUUAUUAUGAUCACAAAAAUAGAUACACUGGUGAAUCAAUGACUGACCACAGUGUGCACAAAAUAUCUGAGGAUAGUAUAGAGGUUUGUGUCGCAGAUAAUGAGGCCCCUGGUGUUUAUGAGAAGAUGAAAUACAAGCGAGAUCAUGAUGCAGAACAGCGCGGUAAACUUGCCAUGGAAAAGGUGAGGAUACAUAAGGAUUAUGAAGAUUUGGUGCAUAAAUUGCCAGUCCUCCAAAAACAAGAAAGAUUGGCAUCAAUGAAUCCUAAUAGAGACAAGUUACACAUGUCCAAUGAUCGGAGAAAGAUCCAAGAGAAGCAACGGCAGAACAAAAUGGAAAACGCGUUCGAAAAACUUGUAGCCAAUACUAUCACCAUUCCACCAAAGAAACGCAGCUCCGAAGAGAGUUUUAAUCCUGGCAGUUGGGACAAUGAUGUACCUAAUAAAAGCUCCAGCGAUAUUUCCACCGAAAAGCUAAAAUCCUUGUUGGAGAAGUUGAAGAUACAAAAGGAGAUGCUGAUGAUGGAAACUGAGCCCGGCGGUAGUAGUCUUCAAAAUAUCACUGAUCUGGAGGGCUCGGAAAAUGUUAAGGCUAAACCAAAAUUAAGUUCUGUUUCCGUUUCUACUAGUCCCAUUAAGAAACACAAGAAUUUGAUGAAAAAAGGCGCGAAAAGUCCUAAGCGAAGAACGCGCAGAGAUGUUUUAAUUCUGCAAAAUAUGAGUACUCAGACUAGUCCGCCGGUAAAAACGUCUGUUUCAACGGAAACAACUACUUCGAAGGAAGAUACGCCGAAGGACGAACCGCGGAACGUAGCUUGUGAGUGCAAAAGUAUCAAAGUUGAUGAGAAUUACUGUGAAAUUUUAAUAAAAAUUCCAGACAAAGAGAAAGCGGAGGUAGUCAUUAAGAGUCCUAAAAAGGAUUCUGAAAUUGAAGCUAUAAAAGUUAAAUUGGGCGAAGAGAAAAAGAAACAAAAAUAUUCAAAGAAAAAGCGUGCAGCUAAACCUAAACCAGUUAUCAAUAAGAACAAGACGUGGGAUGAUGAAUUUAGUAAGAACAAUAGUAGCACUUCGUAUAUGACCCCACCUGAAUUUUCUAAAACUGAGGAUAGUAAGAACUUUAGUAAUUCGAGUCAGGAACAAGAAAACGAUUUUGCGAAACUUUUGCAUAAAAAACCUCAACAAAGUAACGUCAGCAACGAAUCUUCUUCGAAAGACAUAGAUCCAAAAUUAUUAAGUUAUAUUAAGAAAUUAUUGAAUAUGUCUAGAGGAAGCAUUGAUGAUUUAAACGUAAGCACUGUUAGUGAAGUAUCCACACCAAGCUCAAGUAUAAUCAAUAUGGAUAGUAAUAAUCCAAGAGCGAAGCUAAUGAAUGUUCUUAAGUUUUGCAAUAUUGAUAUCAAUGAUCUUAUCGAAAAUCUAAGCAAGUCUUCAACGUCAACAAGAAAUGAAACCAGCAAAAACACCACUAAUAACAAUAAUAACAACUCUCAAGAGUUGACAGUGGAAGCAUACGAUGAAACGAACUAUCCUCAAUUGAUAAGCAACCAUUACGACAAAAUGGCAGAUCAGUGCCAAAAGCGAAUCCAGGACAUAAACGAAAAAUUGCUUAAAGUUAGAGCCGAGACGAGACAGAUGGAAAGUCCCAAUACGAGCGACGACAAGGAAAAUACAACGUACUUCAAUUUACCUAAAUCCAAUGAUUCGACGAACAGUACGAGCCCUGAACAAAGAAUGUUGAACAACAAACUGUUAACUAUUGAUUUGGAUCAGCUGGCCGAGCAUUUGAUCAAGAAAAGUCCUAGAAUUAUAAGCCAAGAUGUUGAUAAAGAUAUAGCGGAUAGAUAUUUGAAGUUGCUGGACGAGAAGCCAGCAGCAAAAGAGGUUGAUUUUGUACCUCUAUUGAAUUUCGACUUGCAGAACGUCGUAAAACUUCCGGAUGUGAAGCACAAGAAACCACCGCCUACAAGCAAGAACUUGACGGUAACCAGAUUAAAACCGGAACUGAACUUUAAGCCGCACGAGUUAUCGACGAUAGCCGAGGGCGAUAGUCUUCGAAGGUCGAGGAGUCCUGAAAUUUUGGUUAACGUGACGGCCUCCGAUGGUUCACAGGGAACUAUCAGCAAAGCAAAUUCUGCAGUUACCAGCAAUUUGGAGGCAAUAGAAAUGAUGGGACUGCAAAUGAAGAUCUUCAAUAAUCUGAGCGGCGACGCUGGUUCGGAUAAGUCCAUUUCUGAUCAAAAUAAAAAAAGCCCGAAGACUGUUAACUUUGACAGCGAAACGAAAAGUUCGCAACCUGGACCAAGUGCUGUCAAAAGUCCGCAGUCCGGACCAAGAGUUAUACAAAGUCCGCAACCUGUACCGGGUGCAAUCAAGAACUUUACUCCUCAAGCAAGUCCCAAACAAAAUGUUAGACAGAACGCUGUUCAACAUUUCAGUCCGCAACCUGGACCGAGCGGAUUAUGUAAACCACCGAAGAUAACUCUCGAAGAUAUUAUCAAGAAGAUACAGGAUGCUAACAGUACAGAUAGUUCUACUGAUAUAUCGGAGGUGGACAUCGAGGCUAUGCUCAGGAAUAUGGGUAUGGGUUGGGCAGCGACUACGAUUAAAAAGACCAGAGAGACUUUGGUGCAGGAAUCGAGUUCUAGUUCUAUGGAGAAUAAGGAGUCUAGCAGCGACGUGAGCUUGAUCAGAGGUAAGAACAUUAGCUCGAGCACCUUGAAAAGUGAUAAUAGCAUAUCUCCAUAUUUGGCGGACUUUCAAAACAUUUCCGCUAUUCACUGCUCCGGUUCAAUUUUAGAGAAACAGCUGAGAACCUCAACGCCAUUGCAGAUUAGCAAGAGCUCUUCAUCUACAACUGAUUGUAAUUUUCCCAUAUUCUUGUUUUCUCCGCAGUCCAGAGACAUCCAGCGCGAAAUGAACAACACGGGAAGUCCGACAGCAGAUGAUGUUCUGGCCGCGGGUGACGCGAGCACCCUGCAUGAUCAGAACUUGACAGAGGAGGAACAUCUGAAGAGGGAAGAGGAGUACAAGGCCGAGUUGGCCAGAAUCGAUGAUGAAAUUGCUACUCUUCGCACCGUUUUAGCAGCCAAAAUGCGCCGCAGCGCUGAGCUAAAACGUUUGUUGGGCAUUACAGUAUGGAAAGAAGUCACCGAUGAUAUUAAUCAGGGAUUGAAGAACGUCAAGGAUAGCAAUGUUUAUCAAACUGUUGAAUCAAAAGUUGGUCAGGUCACUAAGGCAGUUACCGAUGCGCCGAUUUAUCAGAAAACAACUUCGUUGAUCGGUGGUUUCACCGGCGGCAUCACCAACAAGAUUGGACAGAUGAGACAUUCCGAAUCCUUCAAAUCUUUUGAAGAGAAAGCCGCCUCGGCUAUUGAAAACGUUAAGACUAAAGUUGGUGGCGUUUCUCGUUCUGGUUCCCAGCAGAGCUUGGACGACGCCCUGAGAUCUCGCUCCGGUUCGGUAGCCACCAGCCCCACAAUUCCAGAGGACAAACCCAUCGCAUAAUGAUAUUUUUCCGAUAACCAUUUUUUUAUUAACUGUUAUUUUCAGUCUUUCCUUCUCGUCUUUACAUUAUUUGCCUUCAAGAGACGUUCCACGAAGAAAAGAAGUUGUGUAUGCCUUAAAUGUUCGCCUGUUAAAAAAAAGUGGAUUCACUUUAUAUUUAUACUUUCGUUCUCUUCAAUUAUUAUUCUCAGCGCACGAUAUUUUUGACACAUCUAAACCAGUUUACUUUUUUUUUUCUGUUGUUGCUUUAAUUUUGCCACUCAGCGAAUGCUAAAUCUAAUUUUAGGCGUAAAAUACAUUUUUUAUUUGUU